UAGAACAUCAACCCUAUUGUAAAUUUUAGUAUCAUCGUCAAAAAGACAUACCUUACCAUCAAGACCUUCUGCAAUAUCACUAAUAAAAAUAUUAAAGAGAAUGGGUGCAAGUACAGAUCCCUGAGGUACCCCACUGGUGACAAGUCCAAGCUUUGAAUAUAUUCCAUUAACUACAACCCUCUGUUGCCUGUCACUCAGCCACUGCCUUACCCAUUCAACCAUACUUACUGAACACCUCACAUUGAUGGUCCAGAUCCCCAAUCAGAGGGCAGUGUGUCAGAUCCAGAGCAGCCAGGCACAGUGAGCAGAUAAUCAGGAAUCCGAAGCUUUACUCAUUACUUGUCAUUAUGUUACCCAUUUUUUUUAUAUUAAGCAUUAUUUCAUCUCCUUCUUAUUAUAGGAUGAUAACUGGGCUGAGACUACUACUGCAGUGACCUCAGAGCGCAGCACGUCGGUACAAGAUCUGACUCAGACAGAGCUCUACACAGUUACUGAGAGGACAAAGCCAAACAUACGGACUCUUUUGGGGUUCUAUGUCUUCUGUAUUCUAGGUGCGGUUGCACUCCUCACCCCCCCCGCAUUUAUUACAAUCCCACAUAUUGUGUGGGGGCCUGAGAUGGAGCCAUGUGGAGUCAUUUGUGAGGGACUUUACAUCUCUGUGGCCUUUAAAAUGUUGCUGUUGAUCUUGGGAUCCUGGGCAGUUUUCCUGCGACGCCCAAGUAGCUCUCUCCCUCGUCUGGUGGAGUUCCAUGCUCUGCUUCUCCUGCUGCUCUUCCUGCUCCUUAUGUCUUACUGGCUGUUUUAUGGAGUACGAGUUCUUGGGGGGAAUGAAAAGAACUUGCUGGGUGUGGUGCAAUAUUCAGCUUCCUUGCUGGAUGCUCUUAUCUUCAUCCAUUACCUUGCAGUGGUUUUGCUGGAGCUCCGACAGCUGCAGCCCUUCUUCUUCCUUAAGGUCAUGCGAAGCAGGGAUGGGGAGUCCAGAUUCUACAGUCUUGGAAAACUCAGGUAAAUGUUUCUAAGUAAUGAGGGGACUGAUUAAAUUAAAUUGUUUGUGGUACCUAGAAAUGAGAAGAGCCAUAGCAGUCACUGUGGACCCAACCUAUGAGAUGGGAUAGGCAAUUCCAUUAUUUUCAUUUGGUCAACGAGUUGUGACAAUGACAAGCCUAGUGGCAUAUUUCUAAUGCAUUACUAACUCUGAUUGUCUACACUAAUAACCAAUAGUUAAAUAUUUUCACAAAUUGACCUGUUCUUUGUCUUCUGAAUCUUGCUUUCCAUCUUGACUAUACAUCUGUUGCCCUCCCAUACCCACAGAAUGUUUAACUAUAAGCCAGUCCUGGCUAAUACCACUGUCAUCAUUCCCCAUGAUACUUGAUCACUCUUAUGCCUUCCUUCAAGCUGUAACCAUCUCUUGUUAGACUAAUGGAUUCAUGUAAUUAAAUAUGAGCAAUCCUCAAAGUUCUAUUGGAUUUUCCCACAUGUUCAGUAUACAGAGAGCGGCGCUGUUUGUUCUGGAGAAUUAUCACAAGGACUUCCCUGUCUUUAAAUCUUCAUAUCUGGCAGCCAAGAAACCGGCAAAGCAAUCUCAGAUCCUUGGUGUUAAAAUGUACAAUGUGGAUGGUGAGUAUGUGAAGCUGCAGGUUUUGAUAUUUUUCAUAAAGUCCAAAAGCAAUAGACAAAAGUGAUAACUGACUGCACCUGAUCUCACCCACCAAUAGCUCUCCUGUAACCUAGAAGGAUGGAGGACACAUUGAUCUCACCCAUAACUCUCCCGUAAAUAUUUGAUAAAUAUUUAAAGUGUGGGCAGUAUAAAUACAAAAAGAAUCAUUAAAGAGUGAUCUUUCCAGACUGGUUGACCCAGAGAAUGGGUGCAGACACUUUGCAGCUUAUCAAAGGAUUUCUCUUUAACUGUCUCUCCCUCCCACAGGUCCAGAAGAAAGUACAGUCAGACAAUCUCAAUCUCUGAUCUCGACUUCAUCCAGUUACAAGGAGAGAUAUUAUGAAGAGGCUGAAUAUGCUCGCAAGGUCCGCAAACGUAAAGCCAGGUGAGAAAGCUUGGUGUCUGUCCUGUAAUCUCCUAUGGAGUGAUUAUAAUGAACAUAUCAGGAUUGUCUUCUCAAUAUAGAGCUAAACAGGGGUUCAAAACUUCUUUCUCCCAUAGAGUAAUAUUGUGUCUGUCUCCCAUACAGUAAUAUAUAUAUAUAUACAUACCUACACGUUUAUACACCAGAACGGAUAUAGUAAUAUACAAGGUCUGUACGGAAAAAGUCCACCCAAUAUAAUGAGAAUGGUUUGCGUGACAUCCUGGCCAAGGAGAGAAGACUGGUAUGUUCAUCCGUGAACAAUGACUACGUCACUGUACUAGUCAGAGGGGGUGCUAGAUGCCGUUGAGUGAGCUUGUGUACUGUGUGGCCGUCGCAUUCAAGUGACUGAGUGAGAACAGUAAUGCAUCUGCAUUCAAGUUUGUGCUAAGCUUGAACAUUCAUUCAUGGAAACUAUUCAGAUGAUUCAGAAGGCUUUCGGGGACAAUGCAAUGUGUGCAGCGCAAAUAAAAUCACCCAGGUGGCACAGCCCCCUGCAGCCCAGAUUUGGCUAUAUGCGACUUCUGGCUUUUCCCAAACCUAAAAUUACUUUGGUAAGGGAAAAGAUUUUAGACCGUCAAUGAGAUGCAGGUAAAUAAAAGGAAGCAGCUGAUGGCGAUUCCAAUAAAGGAUUUUACAGAAGGAUUUAGCACAUAUGGGACGAUAGGGGUACCAUUCGUAGUUACUCCCUGUAACGGAUCACCUGGCACCCCGACUGGGUACCUCCGUUGAAGGAUGCUCCUAGCACUUCCUGAGGACUCCAAGCACUGAAGCAGACACCAAAACCACCAAACCGUAGGAGCAUAUGAAUGCUCUCAAGCAUAGGAAUGUUGUAUAAAGCUGAAUAGGAAAAACCAUGUGAAUAGGUUUACACUCCUAGCAGUCAAACUGGAACAGCAUACAAUAAAUCUUCCCCCAAUAAUGAGACGACACUUCACUUUGAGGGUUAAGCAGGAACUGACAGUACUGGCACAUACAGCCUCUUUUAUUCCCAAUCCACAAACUUAGUACUGCCCACAGGGUUUUACAGAACAACCAAUAACACACGUACCUUACAGAAAGACACUCCCACACAAAAUCCUCCCCUCUGCCUGUGAUACAAUUACCUUACACAAUGGGUAAUCUAAUUAUCAUAGACAGAGAAAUACAGUUUCAUAAAACACAUCACAGGGACCCCAAAACAUGCAAUAACCCCAUAAAAUAUGGGGGUGAACCACAUAUCCAAAAUUCACCCAGAUCCGUUCAGUACUUUGGAAGAUACAGUUUAAUGCAGAUUCUGCAAAACAUAUACAGGCUAAAUGAAAAACAAUCACUGUAUAAUGUGUCCCCUGCUGUAUAGUCCAAAACCACUGCACGAUGUCUCUGUGCACCAAAUACUGGCGAGAUGGCACCGUGUUGAAAAGUCCAAACAGUGUCUGUGAGUUAAAAUGGCCGCCAUCCAUUGUUCUCACCAUGUGCUUCAUCCAUUGUUCUCACCAUGUGCUUCAUCCAUUGUUAUCACUAUGUGCCUCUGAUACAUGAAAUGGUGGCCACCCAGUAACUCCACAGUAUGUCCCCAGAUGGUUCUUAAAGGGCCAGCAGCAGGACAACACAAAUCCAUUAUGCCCAAAUCAUGUCUUUAAAGGGCAAUACAUCCCAGGGGCCAUGGUCACAUGGCAGGAGGCUGGCAAUCAGUCUUCUCCAAUGCCCAGUGGCGAGGUCGGUUUCGCCACACUCCCCCCUCCCAGUGUUCCCUAAUAAGAUCUAUAAUUUAAAUGGAGAGAACCCAGUGGACUCUUGGGGCACUUCCCUAUAUGCAAACAAUAAGUGGGGUAAGAACCGUUGCCAGUCCGUCUGAGUGUCUAUGAACGUACGGAUCAUCUGUUUAAGUGUUCUGUUAAACUGUUCACAGAGACCAUUAGACUGGGGUUGGUAGGCUGAGUUUAGGAUAGGCUUUAUCCCACAUACCUUCCAGAGUUGGUGGGUGACCUCCGCAGUAAAUUGGGUGCCCGUAUCCGAAAUCCCAUGCGAGAGAAGAUUUGCAUAAGGGCAUCCGCUAUGGUUUCGGCAUGUACAUUGGUCAGGGAAUCUAGUGGCAUAGUCCACUACGGUCAAGAUGUACUUCUUACCGGGAGGGACUGGGUUUGGCUAGGGGUCCUAUUAUGUCCACGGCCACCUGACUAAAGGGUUCUUUGAUUAUGGGCAGGGAACGGAGCUUGGCUUUAUAGCGGUCUCCUCUCUUUCCUACCCUCUGGCAGGUAUCGCAGGUUUGACAGUAUUGUCUAAUAUCCUUUGGGAUACCUGGCCAGAAGAAGUUCUGAGUCAGCCGAUGUUUGGUUCGGCUGAUUCCUAAAUGUCCUAAAAAGGGUAUAUUGUACGCAAUGCGCAGUAACUCUUACCUAUACUUGCGGGGCACAAUUAACUGCUUUGUGGGCAUGGGGAUAGACCCGGCCUCUACCUUCUCUGCUUAGUGGUAUAAUAAACCCUUAUCCCAGGCAUACCUCUCUCCUUCUAGGCCUGCCUGAUUCUUGUCUAUACGAUCUUUAUAUACCUGCAGGGAAGGAUCUAGGGCUACCUCGCUGCCAAAUUCUAAGGGAGCAUCCCAGGGCAGAACAGGAGGGGUGUGGGGCUGAUUGCUUACCUGAGCCCCAGAGUGAUCGGAUGGAGCUGUCGAGUAACAACAGGGUCUUCUUGGACAGUGGGUUGGGGAACAAAGGCGGAUGUGAGCUCCCAAAAGUCGUUGCCCAAGAUCACAUCAGCAGGCAAAUCCUGCACAAUCCCCACCUCCACAUUCCCAUGCCCUGCUCCCCAAUCCAAAUGUACCUUGGCAGUGGGGACUUUGUAAAUUGCUCCCCCUGCCACUCAUAUGGCCACACAGUCCCCAGUGAGAUUGUUCUUUGGAACCAGAUGAUUCCGGGCAAGAGUCAAGGUAGCCCCAGAGUCACGUAAUCCUUGUAUACGCUUUCCCUCCAUGUGUACCACCUGGCGGUUCCCCUGUCGGUUGUCUGAGGCGGCUUGUAUGGGGUUCACUUCGUGCAGGGUUCCCAGGGGUUCUUCUACGGAUAUGGCUGUCGUGUGUGGGACAAAGAGUUCUUUUUGGUAACAGUGUUAUGCUCAGUUAUGGGGUGGUGGCCCCUGGUUAUGCCAGGUUGGUUGGUUCCUGUUCCGUGGGCAAUCUUUUUGAAUACCAGGGUCGCAGGGGUCGUGGCUGCGACCGGGCCCGGCCCACCAGGGGGCCCGGCCGCCCCUGCGACCCGGUAUGUACCCACAGGGCCAGCCUCUUCCCCUGGGGGGCCCAGUAGCCGACCACCCCAGGGGCCCCAGAGGCUGGCCCUGCUGUCACCCGGCAGACGGGUGGCCGGUCGGGCAGGCGGGCGCGCGAGGAAGCACUCAGUGCUUCCUCUUCAACUCCCUCGCGCACCGCACUGAUGCCGGAGCCGGAAGAUGACGUUAUCUUCCGGCGCCAGCAUCCCUACGCGGCACGCAAGGGAGCUGAAGAGGAAGCACUGAGUGCUCCCUCACGUGCCCGCCUGCCCGCCUGCCCGACCGGCCACCCGCCCAGGAGCCCAGCAGCACCACUGGGAAUCCCCCCAGCACUCCAAAAGGUAAAGAGGCUGGGGGGAUUAAAUAAAAAAAAAAAAAUACAAAACAUGUGUUAGUGUUUGAGUGUUAGAGUGUGUGUGUGUGUGUGUGUGUGUGUGUGAGUGUUAGAGUGAGUAGUGUUAGUGUGAGUGUUAGAGUGAGUGUCUGCUAGUGAGUGUUAGUGUGUGUGAGUGUUAGAGUAAGUGUUAGUGUGUGUGUCUGCUAGUGAGUGUCAGUGAGUGUGUUACUGUGUGUGUCUUACUGAGUGUGUGUGUGUUAGUGAGUCUGUUUGAUGUCUGUCAGUGAUUGUGUUUGUCAGUGAAAGUGUAUGUUUUGUAAGUGAGUGUGUAUGUAUGUCUGUCGCUGAGUGUGUCUCUGUCAGUAAAUGUGUGUGUCUGUUAGCUAGUGUGUAUGCGUCUGUAAGUGUGUGUGUGUGUGUGUGUCUUCAGCACUUACCUUUCUCCAGCGCGGACUCCCUUGGCGCUGGGGAUCCCUCAGCCUCUCAGCUCAAUGCUUUCCUAUGGACGUUCAGGUGCUCCUCUAGCGGCUGUCAGUGAGACAGCCACUAGAGGCUGGAUUAACCCUCAGUGAAACAUAGCAGUUUCUCUGAAACUGCUAUGUUUUCAGCUGCAGGGUUAAAACUAGAGGGACCUGACACCCAGACAACUUCAUUGAGCUGAUGUGAUCUGGGUGUCUGUAGUGGUCCUUUAAGUGUGUGUGCAUCUGCAUGCACUGGCGUAUAUACAGCGGUUGCAGGGGUCGCAGCCCUGUAACCCCUGCGACCAGGUGCCCACCGCCAUGUGAGGUGGCCCGGCCCGCACGCGGGGGGGGGCACGGAUCAAUUUUCGCACCGGGGCCCCAUGGGUCAUGUGUACACCACUGGGUAUGGCAGCAGAUUGGUGGUCGGGUAUUGUACCUGUGAGAGUACGAGUUGUUGCUUACCCUUGGUCGUGGAUGGGCUGAAGUGGCCACUGCUGGAAGAGGGGCGGUAGAUCUAUAAGCGGCCUGGUGUUGUUUGUUGGUCUGGCCUAGUGUCCUGGUAUUCGUCAGCCAACUUGGCUGCCUCUGGUAGGGUACGGGGUUUGCGGUCUCGUACCAAAUUUUGUAGUUCUGCGGUCAGUCCUAUGAAGAACUGCUCCAGUACGAUUAACUGGAACAGAUCCUUCAGAGUGGUGACCUGUGUCACUUCCAUCCAUCCCUUGGUGGAUCGCUGCAGUCAGUGGGGCCAUUCUGUGUGUGACUGUUUCACUUGUUUCUUAAUGUCCCGGAAUUUGAGCCGGGAUGCCUCUGAGGUGCUGGCAUACCAUGCUAAGAUGGCCUGCUUGACCUUUGGAUAAUCCCUGCUGUCUUCGUCUGGAACAGCCCGGUACGCCUCUGCUGCUUGGCCUGAUAGUCUAGCGGCAAGCAGGGGUACCCGAUUUGCUGGGCUGAUGUCAUGUAGCUGGCACAGCCUUUCAUCGAUAUCGCCUUCUGCUUCCGUGUAGCUUUUAAAGGCUUCGUAGGGAAUCUUGGCUUUCCCCUGGGUAAUGCUGGCGGGAGCUGGGGCUCCCUCCCCGGCUCGCUGAAUGGCUUGUUGCUUAACCACAAGGUACAUCUGCCAUCAGCCUGCUUUUUGUCUCUUCGGAGGGGGUGUUUGGGUAAAAUGCUAACCUGCUCCUGAGCUCCUUUGAGAAUUCAGUUUGCUCUGUCUCCUGUGGAGCUGCUGCAGUGGUUGCUCUGUCCCCCUCCAAGAGUUCGGCCACAAGGGUAGCUUUCGUUUUAUUGCUAGCUAUUCUUCCCCUUGCCUCCAAUAAUUCCUUUAGCAUAGCCCAUUUUAAUGCUGCAUAGUUUCCAUUCACCAUCCGGCGCGGGUCGGGGCCGCAACACAUGGCGGCAGGCACCUGGUCGCAGGGGUUGCAGGGCUGCGACCCCGCGACCGUGGUAUGCACACACACUUAAAGGAUCACUACAGACACCCAGAUCAUAUCAGCUCAAUGAAGUGGUCUGGGUGCCAGGUCCCUCUAGUUUUAACCCUGCAGCUGAAAACAUAGCAGUUUCAGAGAAACGGCUAUGUUUCACUGAGGGUUAAUCCAGCCUCUGGUGGCUGUCUCAUUGACAGUUGCUAGAGGAGCUUCCGCGAUUCUCACUGUGAAAAUCACAGUGAGAAGACACUGAACGUCCAUAGGAAAGCAUUGAGUAAUGCUUUCCUAUGGGCGGUUUAAAUGCGCGCGUGCGUCUCUUGCCGCGCAUGUGCAUUCGGAGCUGAGAGGCAGAGGGAUCCCCAGCGCCAAGGGAGUCCGACGCUGGAGAAAGGUAAAUGCUGAAGACACACACACACAUUCUCACGAACAGACGCAUACACACUAGCUAACAGACACACACAAUUACUGACAGAGACACACUCAGCGACAGACAUACAUACACACUCACUUACAAAACAUACACUUUCACUGACAAACACACACUCACAGACAUCAAACACACUCAGUAACAGACACACACAGUAACACACUCACUAGCAGGCACACACCCAAUAACAGACACACACACACACACUAUAACACACACACACACACACUAUAACACACACACACUAUAACACACACACAGUAACACACUAUAACACACACUAACACACACACACUAUAACACACACACACUAACACACAGUAUAACACACACACUAAAACACACACUAACACACACACACUAACACACACACUUUCCCCUAAGUGCUUCCUCUUCCGCUCCCUCGCGCGCUGCAUUGGGAUGCCGGAGCCGGAAGAUGACGUCAUCUUCCGGCUCCGGUAUCAGUGUGGUGCGCGAGGGAGCGGAAGAGGAAGCACUUAGGGGAAAGUGCUCCCUCGCGCGCCGGUCAGCCAGCCUGUCUGCCGGGGUCAGCAGGGCCAACCUCGGGGGGGGUCCUGAGGUGGCCGCCGCCAGGGCCCCCCAGGAGAAGAGGCUGGCCCUGUGGGUACAUACCGGGUCGCAGUGGCGGCCGGGCCCCCUGGUAUGUACGCCACUGGGAGUAGCAGUAUAAUCCACGGUAUCUCCGCUAGUAGUCAGGAUAAAGCAGGUAAAACACAGGCAGCGUAAUAAUAAUCCCUCUUCCCCAAGGACUAGACGACACAUAGUCUGGGAUUCAACUGUCAUUUUAUUCCACGGUCACAGUAUUUAUGCAAGACCCCAUGCAAGGGGUUUCCUGAAUGACAUUGCAGGGGUUUUACUACAGAGGACUGUGUGAGGAACUUAGCCUGCAAGGCUGUUUCCCAGCAUGCCUUGCUGUACAGGAGAGAUAAUUGUGCAAGAAUGUACUGUUAAUCACAUUAUCUCUCCGUACAGCAAAUUAUACAGUUUUACAUAAAAAUACGUAACUGAUAUAAUAUACUUGUAGCUUUAAUAUGCCAAAAUAAUAAUUUAUCCGAACGGCCUGGAAGUCCAGAAGUGGCUAGGUUUGCCACACCCCCCCAGGCACUGGACGACACUCAGUCCUGGGAGCUCUAGUCCUUACAAGGACUUUCCCCAUGGAAUCCUCCACACUGGAGCAUUGAUUAGUGAUUAGCCCUUUUCCCUCCCAGUAACCAGACGACAUGUAGUUCUGGGAGUACAAACUGGAAUGUUUUAGUCUGGCAAGAUGGCCUGCUUUUAUACUGUUUACACACAGUCAAAUAUGCCCAUAACACUCCCACUCAAAACAGGAUAAUCCCUCCAUCUGGACCUGAGAGGAGACUAGUUACAAGCAAACAUCUAACAUACUCAUCCGCUGUGUCUGAGAGAUAAUUACAUGAGCACACAAACAUACAAUUGGAUUAUCUCUUGGAAACAGAAGCAGGCAAUAUAACAAAACCCCCCAAAAUAACCCCAAAACACAUGAAAACCACACAAAAGUCAAAUGAUCUGGGUGACCAACAUAUCCAAAAAUCACCCAGAUCGGUUCAGGGGUUAGGGAUUUCCAUGGAAGUCAUAAUUUUGACCGACCGUGCACAUGGUCCAUUGCCCAAAACAGUUCCAUGAAAUCAGUGCUAACGGUCGGUUAAGUUCGGUAGUUUAAAACCGAGCAAACUACCAAACUAAAUCCAUAUUUCUACCCUGGGACUAUUGUGUCAAUUGGGCUUAACAAGAUCCCGGGUGGUCUCUGGUUCGUGCAGUUGUUCGGUUCCCGAACAACAUAGUCCCAAAUCACACGAACCGAGUAGUUUGUAGGGUAUUAUGCAUGGCCCAUAAUCCUGGGGUAGGCUGGCUAGCAGGCUCCUCUAGGAGCUUGUGGCAAAUGACCAGACCACAGGGCAUUUGUCACAGGUGCCAUUGGCAUGUGUGGGGGAAAUUGGCACUGUAACAGAUCACCUGGCACCCCGACUGGGUACCUCCGUUGAUGGAUGCUCCUAGCGCUUCCUGAGGGCUCCAUGCACUCCAGCCGACACCAUAACCACCGUAUACUCCUUCAGAGAGCAAGACAGAAACAAUCUCUUACAAGAGCUUAGUAGUGAUAUAGCAAGAGAGUAUGACUAGCAUAUCAAUCCCUUGUAGGAGAUUCCCCCAAUAAGAGACGGCACUCCAAAUUUAGGGUGAAGUAGAACUGAGGUUUUAAUGACACACUCUGCUUUUAUGCACAUUUUACACACCUAGUACCGCCCACAGGGUUUUGAAGAACAACCAAUCAAACACGUAAUAUAUAGUAAAACACAAUGGGCUAACGUAAUUAUCACAGGCAGGAAACCACACAGUUUUACACAAUAUUCAUAACUUUAAAAGUAUACAUCACAUUCACAUAUACAUUUUCAGAAUCAGCAUACUCCAAAUACAAACAUAUGUCAAAAUCAUACAAAUUGGUCCAGUGGUUCAAAAGUUAGAUGGAAGUCCUAUUUGACAGACUGCAAGCAUGGAUGGGGGUGGUAAGCCAAUUAUCUCCAGCAUACAGAAAAUAUCUCUAUUCACAACAACAGCAAAAGUAUACAAAAAUACAUAAUUCCUAUCAUACUGAACAAAACCCCCCCACCUAUCCCCAGAUAGCUUGGAUCUGAGCGCUCAAUAUAUACGAACAGCGCUCAGAUCCCACGAACACAGUCAAAUCGCCAUGGGGUUUAGCAAAAGCUGAUAUAGAGACUGAGGAGGGACAAAGCAGCCAGUUCCAAAGGGCCAGAACAGUCUUUUAAACAGCAAUACAAUUCCAUAAGCCCCAAUACUGUUUUUAAAGUGCCCAAUCUCCCAGGGGCCAUAGUCCCAAGGCAUGAGGCUGGCAAUCAGUCCCCUCCAAAAACUAGUGGUGAGGUACCUUUCACCACAGGCACCACUCAGGAAUCUGGGGUUACAGACAGAGUCAAACAGUGAGAGUCAGUGAAGGCUGGUUGGCCGGGGCUUCUGUCAACGUGAAAACAAACAAACAGGGAGCUAAUUUAAUUACAGCUUAUUUUGGCAGUAGUCCAUAUGAAUACUGAGAGAGAAAAAUAAAUGCAGUAUUUUUGCACAGAUUGUGCCAUUCUUCUUCAAUUAUCUAACAUAUUUUAUGGUUUGGAUAUAAACGGCCUCCCCUGUGUGACACCACAGAAUAAUGUGAGGAAUUUGAGGGAUAAUAUGUGGAUGUAGGUUGUUCAUGGACAGUGUGACAUGGUGAGAAGAUAAGUAGGACAUUGGGUGGAAUGUAGAAUUGCUCUCAGUGUGACAAAGUUAGGUGAUUAGUAGAACCCUAUGUUUGAUGAUCGCAGGGUGACCAAGUAUAGAGGGUAAUGAGUAGGACACUAGAUGGGAUGGAGGACUGCUCUCGGGGUGACAAAGUUGGGUGAUGUGUAGAAUAAUAUGUUGGAUGAUCUCAGGGUGACCAGGUAAAGAGGGAUGAUGAAUAGCACAAAGGAUAUGACUGUGGAAGAGUGCUGGGUAGGAUGUAGUUAAACUGCUCACAUUGUGACAUGUAGUAUAAAGGGUGGGAUGAGGUGUGGAAUGUGUUGAUCUAUUGGUUGCAGAACUUGAUACUGGCUACCAUCUUGGCCAUGAUAAUCUACAGUUGCAAGAAAAAGUAUGUGAACCCUUUGGAAUGAUUUGGAUUUCUGCACAAAUUGGUCAUAAAAUGUGAUCUGAUCAUCAUCUAAGUCACAACAAUAGACAAUCACAGUCUGCUUAAACUAAUAACACACAAAGAAUGAAAUGUUGCCAUGUUUUUAUUGAACACACCAUGUAAACAUUCACAGUGCAGGUGGAAAAAGUAUGUGAACCACUAGACUAAUGACAUCUCCAAGAGCUAAUUGGAGUGAGAUGUCAGCCAACUGGAGUCCAAUCAAUGAGAUGAGAUUGGAGGUGUUGGUUACAGCUGCCCUGGCCUAUAAAAAUCACACACCAGUUCUGGGUUUGCUUUUCACAAGAAGCAUUGCCUGAUGUGAAUGAUGCCUAAACAAAACAUUGCUGCACGUUUACAGUUUGCACAAGAGCACCUGGAUGUUCCACAGCAGUACUGGCAAAAUAUUCUAUGGACAGAUGAAACCAAAGUUGAGUUGUUUGGAAGAAACACACAACAGUUUGUGUGGUGAAAAAAAGGCACAGCACACCAACAUCAAAACCUCAUCCCAACUGUGAAGUAUGGUGGUGGGGGCAUCAUGAUUUGGGGCUGCUUUGCUGCGUCUGGGCCUGGACGCAUUUCUAUCAUCGAAGGAAAAAUUAAUUCCCAAGUUUAUCAAGACAUUUUGCAGGAGAACUUAAGACCAUCUGUCUACCAGCUAAAGCUCAACAGAAGAUGGGUGUUGCAACAGGACAAUGACCCAAAGCAUAGAAGUAAAUCAAUAACUGAAUGGCUUAAAACGAAGAAAAUAUGCCUUCUGAAGUGGCCCAGUCAGACUCCUGACCUCAACCCAAUUGAGAUGCUGUGGCAUGAUCUCAAGAAAGCGAUUCACACCAGACAUCCCAAGAAUAUUGCUGAACUGAAACAGUUCUGUAAAGAGGAAUGGUCAAGAAUUACUCCUGACCGUUGUGCACGUCUGAUCUGCAACUACAGGAAACGUUUGGUUGAAGUUAUUGCUGCCAAAGGAGGUUCAACCAGUUAUUAAAUCCAAGGGUUCACAUACUUUUUCCACCUGCACUGUGAAUGUUUACAUGGUGUGUUCAAUAAAAACAUGGCAACAUUUCAUUCUUUGUGUGUUAUUAGUUUAAGCAGACUGUGAUUGUCUAUUGUUGUGACUUAGAUGAUGAUCAGAUCACAUUUUAUGACCAAUUUGUGCAGAAAUCCAUAUCAUUCCAAAGGGUUCACAUACUUUUUCUUGCAACUGUAUGUCUUUUCAAAUAAGAAGAUUUUUUUUUCUACUGUGUUUCCACAGGUUGGUAAUCUCCAUAAAUGAAGCUUUCUGUCAGUUACAGCGAUUGUCUGAGCAAGAUAAAGAGGGGAAGAGUCCAUAUGUACUACAUCCAAGAGAUGCUGCUCAGAGCAUAUUUCCACUGAUUGCGCAGAGUCUACAGCGUUACCUGCGCACAACACGACAAGCUCACCUGCACAGCAUGGAAUCCAUCAUACAACAUCUAACGAUGUGUCUGACGCACAACAUGUCACCACAGGUGAAGUCCUAGAUUUAUUCCUGGAGUGAAUCAGUGAGUGGUCAGAUGGGAAAUUACUCUUGUGCUGUGUGCUCAUAGAGUUCAGCUUCUAAUUCAAUAUGAAGGUAGCCAAUAACUGUAAAUAUGUUUUCACGUUUAUAUCAUCAUGUAUAUCUUCUGUAAAUCAUGCAUGGCUUGAGCCCACAUCGACCCAUUCCAGAAAGUUUCGUAGACAGAUCUCUCAAUACAUGGCAACUAAAGAUUCUGCGUUGGAUGGUUCCCGUUUAGCAUCAUUGAAGUUACAUGUUAUUCUAGGUAUUUAAUGGAGCUAAAAGACGUGCAAUUAUUACAUAUGAUUUUUAAUAAUUAUUAGUUCAUCCAUUAGACAACCCUCAUGUUCUGUUAAUGAACUUAUAAUGUGAAUUCUCCACUAUGCAAACGCACCCAAACCAUGGGGUGGGCCGGUUGAGUAAAACUGGGAGCCAAACAGUUAAAAGUUAUAUAAAAUUUUAUGGAAGCAGUUAAAACAAGACCCACAAAAAAGGACAGACUGAGUCCACCUACAGACAGCAAGAUGUGUAUUCUACUGUGCUUUAACCCCUUAAGGACACAUGACAUGUGUGACAUGUCAUGAUUCCCUUUUAUUCCAGAAGUUUGGUCCUUAAGGGGUUAAAUACACAUCUAGAACAUUGACAAAAUAUAGAAUUCACUCGAUUCACUCUACAUUGUUAAAUAAUUCUAAUCAUUUAUUUACCACAGGCCUUUCUGGAAGAAUAUUUGCAGCCAGGUCCUCUUGUUCAAUACCAGAUGAUCCCCACAGGGGUGUGGACUUUGGUGAGCGAGGAACCAGUAACACGACCCAUACGCUCAAAUAUGACAUUCUGUCUGCAAUCCAUAGACUCUAACCUGGUGGUCACUGUGAGUGGGGUUCCCACGCUCAGACUAAAUGAAACAUUCAUCCCUCCAACCUCGCACCGCUUCACUGUUACAACUCCUGAUCUAAAUCUGUGAGCUCUGGUAGCCAGAGAACCUUAUUCUCUUUCAAUGAUAAUGACACUGGCUCAGUCAUAUCGCUGACUAUGAGAUCAAGAGCCAAAAUAACCCUGGCAGUGGAGAAAUCUGCAAAUACUACACGACUGGAACUGUUCCACAACUGAACAUGCCUUUGUAAUGGCAAUACAGUGAGAAGAAAUCUCGAUACUAAUUUCCAAAGGAAGGACCUUGAUAGACAUUAAAAAUGGAUGAAUACUUGCAAAUCAUCCUUUGUUCCAAAUGUUGUGCAUACCAAUGUGAUAAGGAUUUAUAUGUCCAUUGUUUGUGACCGAUAUCAAUAUAUACAGCAUAUAUGCUAAUAUGUAACAGUGAGUAAAUAUUCCACUAAUAUAGUAUUAAAGUAACACACUGUGCUCCCCACUAAUCCACUAUAUAUCUGACUGGCUGUUCUAGGUCAGCGAUGAGGUAUGCAAGGCUGGCUGUUUUAGGUCAGUGAUGAGGAAUGUCACACUGGUUGUUCUAGGUCAGUGAUGAGGUAUGUCAGACUGGUUGUUCUAGGUCAGCGAUGAGGUAUGCCAGGCUGGCUGUUUUAGGUCAGUGAUGAGGUAUGCCAGGCUGGCUGUUUUAGGUCAGUGAUGAGGUAUGUCACACUGGUUGUUCUAGGUCAGUGAUGAGGUAUGUCAGACUGGUUGUUCUAGGUCAGCGAUGAGGUAUGUCAAAAUAGUGAAAUAGUAGAAAUACAGUGAAAAGGUAUGUGUGGUAGGUAGAACGGCCACAAACCACCUAAGUGGAAACCCCUUAUUCCACUUACAUAGAAAUAUAAUGAAUACAUACAAUAGGUGGAACACACAUCUGACGAUUCUAGAAAAUAAAACAGAAUCUCAUAGUAUAAUACUGUUGGGUUAAGGUAUAAUGGAUGGUAAUAGAGCAAUGGUAAUCACAAGCCCAGAGCCAGUAUAACAUAUGGCUCUUAUGUGAAGCGUGGUGAGACUCUUAGUAGGAUGUCCCCAUCCUUCUUCCUAUUCUUUCUUGGGCAGUUGGAAAAUGACAAGUAUUCCAGUAUGUUGUCCCAAAAAGGAAGAAACUUUAUUGAUGAAAGAAAAAGGUAUGCCAAAUAAAAUGGAAAAAAUUCCAAUCAAGGUGCUGAUAUAGAAUGAAAAGUCUGUAAUAGACUGUGUAUGUCCAAAUAUAGACUGUAUAUGUCCAAAACGCGUUUCGCCCUAUGGUGGGGGCUUCCUCAGUUGGUAUCAGUCAGUAUUAUUAGUGGGAGCUUCCUUGGCGUCUUUAUAUAAUGCAUUUCCGUUCCACUUCCGGGUUUCUCAGUUGUUCCGUGUGUGGAACGCAUUCUGCGUUCCACCGCCGACUUCGUGCGCAUCACUUCCGGUUCCUGUCUGCAGGGCGCACAGGAGGCGUCACUGGAACGCAUAGUUCCGAAUCUAUGCGUUCCACUGCGGAUAUACUUAGUAUAAAGUGUCUUCAAUGCAUUCAUAGAACUUAUAUAGGUAUGCUGUACAUCCUACAUAGCAUGGAUGACAGUAAAUUAAUACAUGCAUAAAAUAUAUAUAAGAGCCCAAAAUAUGAACAAUCUUUAAUACAAUCAUAAAACCUAAAUAGGUGUGCUGUAUGUCUUAAGUGACAUAGGUGACAGUCAAUUGAUACACACAUUAAAUAUUAGAUGUGUUGUGCAUAAAGUGAAAACCCUAAAAGUGGUGAAUUUAUGUAAAAAGGGGAAAUAAAACCUAGAAUUGAUAACAAAAAAAAUGAUGGCAAUAAAAAGUUAAGACCUUAACAUAUUAAGAUUAGAUAAAAUUACAAAUCUCAAAGUCUGAAUUAAGACCAUAGGGAAUCAAAGUAUUGAAAUUAAAAAUAUAUUUCAUCUCUUCUGAACCUAUUUUUUUAGUGUAAUCUCCACCUCUCCAAUCCUUUUUAACUAUUUUUAGUGGGCAGAAGAAAAGGUGUUCUGGGUUAAGGUUAUGAUGAAUUUUAAAAUGGUUAGAAACACUAUGGGUUUCUAAACCUUUUUUAAUAUUCCUAACGUGUUCGGAUAUCCGGACUUGUAGGCUUCUAAUAGUCCUACCUAUGUACAAUAAAUUACAGGAGCAUUUCAGUAGAUAAAUGACUCCUUUCGAAAAGCAGGUUAGUUGGUCUUUUAUAAUAAAGUCAAUAUCCGUAUAUUCUUUAAGAUUUUUUAUAUGUCUUUUGGGGUUUCUUGUUGUUCUACAUGCUAGGCAUGUCCCACACCCAAAGAAACCUUUACUUUGAUUUAAGAAAUGUAGUGUGAUUUUAGGUGGACCUUCAAUACUGUGAACUACUGAUCUUUUCAAAUUUACUGCGCCUCUGUAAAUGAUUUUUGGUCUUGUUGGUAAUAGGUUCUUCAGGAUUGGAUCUCUUUGUAGAAUAUACCAAUAUUUAUUGAUAGCUCUAUUAAUUUUUUGGUUGUUUCCGUUAAAAUUGCAUAUAAAAUGGAAUUCGUUCUUAUUUGUGUUUGAAUCUCUUUGACGUUGUUUAUAAGUUAGUAACUGUUCUAGGGGGUGUUUUGAAUUUCUUCCAUAGCUGCAAUUAAUUUAGUCUCUUCGUAGCCCUUUUCUAAAAAUUGUUGCUUUAUUAGGCCCGCUUGGUUUAUGUAAUCCUGUUCUUUCGUACAAUUACGUCUUAUUCUUAAGAACUGACCUUUUGGGGCAUUGUCUAGCCAGGGUUUAUGAUGGCACCUCUUCUUUUCUAUAUAUCCGUUGGCAUCCACUGGCUUAAAUUUUUUUUUUGUUUUAAUCUGUUGAUUUUCAAUAAAAAUAUGAGGAUCUAAAAACAACUGAGAAACCCGGAAGUGGAAAGGAAAUGCAUUAUAUAAAGACGCCAAGGAAGCCCCCACUAAUAAUACUGACUGAUACCAACUGAGGAAGCCCCCACCAUAGGGCGAAACGCGUUUUGGACAUAUACAGUCUAUAUUUGGACAUACACAGUCUAUUACAGACUUUGCAUUCUAUAUCAGCACCUUGAUUGGAAUUUUUUCAAUUUUAUUUGGCA